UACCCAUUUCUUUAAUUCACCAUUCUAGCAGAACUCCAGUUUUCUCUCAAUAUACAUUCAAUUCCUUCUUAUUCGUUAAGAUGGCCCGCACUAAGCAAACAGCUCGCAAAUCCACAGGUGGAAAGGCACCAAGGAAGCAACUAGCUACCAAGGCUGCCAGAAAAUCUGCUCCGGCGACCGGAGGAGUGAAGAAGCCUCACCGUUUCAGGCCAGGAACUGUUGCUCUAAGAGAAAUCAGGAAGUACCAGAAAUCUACUGAGUUGUUGAUUAGGAAGCUUCCAUUCCAGAGGCUUGUAAGGGAAAUAGCACAGGAUUUCAAGACAGAUCUGAGGUUUCAGAGUAGUGCUGUUGCUGCUCUACAAGAGGCUGCUGAGGCGUAUCUCGUUGGGCUCUUUGAAGAUACUAAUCUCUGUGCAAUUCAUGCUAAGAGGGUUACGAUUAUGCCAAAGGAUAUUCAGCUUGCUAGGAGGAUUCGUGGAGAAAGGGCUUAGGAACAAGCUUGUUAGUGUUUAUCUUUUCAAUGUUUCUUAUUUGCAUCUGUUGUUGGAAUUCUAGGGUUAGGUGGUGUAAAUCUAAUUGAGUAACUGAUUUCAGUAUGUGUAAACUGUUGGUUUACUUGUAUUCUGGAUCUUGUCAAAUGAAAUUUGUAGUACUUCUUUUUGUUCAAUUAAAGAUCUAGCCCUUACAUCUCCUUGUUAUUUGCCCAAAAUUGAAGAUCGAUGCACUAUUUGGUGUGGAUUUAGUAGAGAUAUUAUGUAUUGUAAUAUUGA